GCAGAAACGAGUAAACCUGUGUUGGGAGUCCUUUCUUGGAGUGCGUGUGAGGAACCCCAGAAGUGUUCUACGCUACAUUGGUGGCAGCGGCGGCACGCAGAAGGCGGAAAAACAGGAUGGACCCGGCCCCGAUUCAUUGCCCGCACUGUGACCAGACGUUCGGGAGGAGGAGGAACUUAAAGAGGCACCUCAACACCGCGUGUGUGGCGCUCCACCCGGAGCGCCCAUACCCCUGCCAGAGAGGGUGCGGAGUCCGUUUUUUUAGGGCCGAUGUCCGCACCAGACACCACCGGUUCUGCCAAGGGGACAGCGUGGCCGUGGUGAUGGCGGAGGCCGAUACACUGGAGGUGCACGCCAGUGACGACGACAUGGGACAGGCCCCGUCCCCGCCUCAUCUCUCCCGGCAGGGGACCCCAGACCCACCUCCAUUCGGACGGUGUGGUCCGGCAGGACGGUCCCCGUCGCCGCCGCCACUAAGAAGACGGGUAAGUCCAGUGUCGUCAGGGGGGCCGGGGGGCCGCGACCACCCGGAGCGGUCCUCCCGGCCUUCCCGCCCUGAACAGGACAGGUCGCCUGGUCGGCGGAGCCUGGACCGGGCCGAGCGACCCUGCCAGCCACCACCCCGGCGGAGUCCCGACCGGCGGUUCCCCUGGAGCCGUGCCCAGGGCAGGCGUCCUCGCUUCAGCAGGGCAGCGGAAGCAAGCCCUGGUCGCCCCCAGCCGACACGGGCGGAGGGCGGAACACAGACGGAACCCCCGAUGUCCCCUGAGGUUCCGGUCCAACCUUGGAAUGGCCAGCGGAGGGUUCUGCCGGCCGGGUCUCGGGUGAGCCUUCCGGACGGGACCUCGCUGCGACUGGAGACGGCCGGCGCCCUCCACCCGGACAACACCACCAGGGAGGCCGCCACGCACAUGCUGGAACCCCUGUGCGAGCAUGCGCGGGACGAAUGGCGGCUCGAAAGGACAUUCCAUGGAGCGGACGAGGCCGGCCACCGGCUGAUGCGGACACGGGUGGUCCACACCUAUGAAGUGCCUGGGCGUCUCCUGCAGACGUACCAGGGACAGCAGUACGGCCAGCACUUCGUAGAUCCCUCCGUGUCCGCUCAACCUUCACUGGGAGGAAUGCUGCCCCCUGGAGCGCCUCCGCCCCCGCGCUACCCCGAUGGUGUCCCCCGAGAGUUCUGGGAGCAGCUGUUCCGGCAAACGGAGUUCCAGCGCCGGCCGCCACCCACCAACUAAACCUUAGACUUGUUCUUUGAUUUCUUGUUCUUUCCUUGCAUUUUCUUUUGUUGUUGUUGUUUUGAAUGCUGUAGUAUUUUUGUUGUGUCAUGCGCCUCCGGGCCGGGUCUUCCUGGUUGUCCGGUUGCGGAUGCCGGCGCCCUGUUUGGGGACAAACAAGGUCCUCGAGGGGGGCGGUGUGGCGUCCGUGCCGGUCGGCCGCCAGAGGGCACCAGCGCGGUUCCACGGUGGAGCCGCGCAGUGGAGCCCCUGGUGGCCGGCCGGGGAGGCCCGUUCUUCCGGGCGGCGCAUGCGCAGUAGUAUUGUUGUGGCCUCGUUGCUGAAGUGUUUGCGGUGUACGUUUUUGUGGAAAUAAACAGCCUGAAGCAGCAGAAACGAGUAAACCUGUGUUGGGAGUCCUUUCUUGGAGUGCGUGUGAGGAACCCCAGAAGUG